UCUUCUACUUCAAUUCAAUCACUGUCAUCAUACUGUUCACACAAUUCUCUGAUCUUUAUUGGAAUUUGAGUUUUUGUUCUUUGCUGCUUUUGUUUAAAUUCAAGACAACCCAAUUUGUAUUGGGACGGUUGCAUAUUGAUUUUGUGAUGGAAUCUGAAAAUGGAGUUAAUGUGGAGGAUGAGAGUUGUGCAGUUGAGACACCACAACCGAAUAAUUCAGUUGUGGAUUUGACAAAAGAGGGUGAGAAUGGUGACAGUGUUCAAAAAGCUCCCACUCGGAAAGAGAUUUCGGAACCAGUGGCAGAAUCUGAAAACCUUAGUUCUUCCAAAAAGAAGAUACAAGCAUCUAUAACUGUUCCCAAGAGUAAAAAUGUAAAAGCUUCGAAGGAACCUGGAACAGCGGUAGGUUCUUCAAAGAACAACAAGCUGGCUAAGGAGAAACCAACCUUAACAGGCUUUGCCCAGUCUCCCCGACCAAACAGGCGAGUUCUUUCUCAGAGCCUUUCGUUUCCUGCAAGAGGCGCUAGUACUGAUGUCAUGGACAAGAGCAUUGACAAAUAUCCGGUUAAAACAGUCGCCAAGCGCACAGUGGAAAAUGGUACUAAAUCAAGGUCCCAAAUUUCAGAGGAUUCUCAGUUGAAGAAUUCAAGCAAGAAUGUAUUAAACAGAGUGAUGUCAAAGGGUGUAAACAAGAACACUGGUAGUAAUGCACACAGAUCUUCAUUGGCAUCAAUUCCGGGCAAUCACUCCUCCAUUCCUGUGAAAAAUACCUCGGUGAAUGCAACGAGCGAUUCUCCACCGUCUGAAUCAGCUUUAUCUGUGGAUCAGAAAGCAAAACCAGAAAAAACAACAUUCCCCCCAAAAGAGGACGACGAUGCUCACUCCACUUCCUCAGGUGCCACUCCACGUGGAAGGAGAAACAGUUGUCCUGGUUUUGCUUUCCGGUUGGACGAACGUGCUGAAAAGAGGAAGGAGUUCUUUUUGAAGCUAGAAGAGAAAAUCCAGGCGAAGGAAGUUGAGAAAACUAAUCUGCAGGUUAAAUCUAAGGAAAGUCAGCAAGCGGAGAUUAAGCAGCUGAGAAAGAGUAUGACAUUUAAAGCAACACCAAUGCCAAAUUUCUACAAGGAACCUCUUCCAAAGCCUGAACUAAAGAAGAUACCAACCACUCGUCCAGUAUCACCGAAGCUUGGUAGACAUAAGAACUCAACUGCUGAAGCAGGCACAUCUGUUCACAGUCCACGUCAAAACGGCGAACCAAGCAAUUCACCAAAAGCAUUUCGACCUAAAUCCGAUAAAGAGGCCACUAUUUUGAAAAAACCAGCUAAAAAGCCCCAAACCAAACUCCAUCCAAACGAAGCUACAGGAUCUAAAACUGAAGGAGCUGCCAUCAAGCCAAAACCAAAGAUCAACAAACCCGAAAGACACCACCCAAAGCCCGACACUGUAGAGACUAUGAAACAGCAGGAGGACCAGCCAGUUGACUGUCCCGAAUCAAAUGACAGCGGGGACGUGAACUCUGGGUUGGAUCCUCCCAACAACGAGGGACCAACAACCACGGCCUCUCCAGAGAUCAUGGCACCUGAAAUAGCUGUUGGAGGCUAAACAUAAACACAGUUCUCACUUCCAAGACAUCAUGUUUAGAAGGUUUGAAAAUUUUUAUGGUAAGUAUUGUGAAUAGAAUGUUUGUCAGUUUUCAUUGUCAAAUUUAUAAAUUUGGUGUCUACAAGUCAACAUAAGUAUUUGUUCUUUCCAUUUGUUUUUUUGCUUCUCUUUUAUCUUACAAGUGUUUAUUAGGUAUAUAUAUAUAUAUAAUACACACAUUAUAUAUAUCUCAUUUUAUUGAUGUAUUAGAACUUCCUGUACAAUUUAUAUGCACUUCAUUUAUUAAUUGAUUGCAUUUAUAGUA